AUCAACUUAAGCCGAUGCUGAGCAUUUCCUUCCAUGGAGGAACCGUUUAGAUUUUACUCCAUCUCUGUGUCUUACCACAAAAAUGGAAAUGUUGGAUAUUUGUGUAUCACUGUGGCACCCAUGACAUCCUUAGCAGCAGAGGUAUAGGACAUUAGGAGGAGAGAGCCGUUUGACGAGAAGAGAGCCGUUUGACAAUUUCCUAGCACUAGCACUCGGAGAAGAGGAUUUAACCUGUUGAGAACACACAACAAAGGCAACAAAGGAGCGAGAGAGCGAGGGAGAUCGGUGGCAGAAGAGGAGCAGAGAGCGUACUAAGGGCAGAGGAAGGGUGCCAAGACUGGAAAAGGAAGAAGGUGACUGGUAAGUUGGGUUUCAUCAUCAAGAUUUCAUGGCAUUCUCUUUUUUUCGGAGUCUUUUCUUCACCUUCCUUUUAACUAUAGAAAUCCAAGAACAAAGUUCCGAUAGAAAUGAACAAGAAGGUGAUAGGGUAAAAUAUUUACCCGAACAACCAAUAGUGAAUUUUAAUCAUUAUGCUGGUUAUGUCAGUUUAAAACCUGACAAGGACAAAGCACUCUUCUACUGGUUUUUUGAAGCAGAAAAUGAUCCAUCACAAAAACCUCUUGUACUUUGGCUCACCGGAGGACCUGGUUGUUCCUCGGUUAGCUUUGGAGCAACACAAGAGAUCGGUCCGUUUUUGGUGGAUCAAGAAAAACACUUAAAACUAAAUGAAUUUUCUUGGAAUAAAGUUGCAAACAUCAUAUUCCUGGAGUCACCUAUUGGUGUUGGAUUUUCAUACACCAAUAAUACCAAGGACUUAGAUGAACUUGGUGACCAAGUUGUUGCAUCAGAUAAUUAUGAUUUUCUGCUCGGUUGGUUCAGAAGGUUUCCAAAUUUCAGAACCAACGAAUUUUACAUUGUAGCAGAGAGUUAUGGAGGACAUUAUGCUCCACAACUUGCGGACCUUAUCCAUGAAGGAAAUAAAAAAGGUCCAUACAUUAAUCUGAAAGGAUUCAUGAUGGGAAAUGCUGUAAUAAAUGAUAUUACAGAUUUUAAGGGAAUCUACGACUUUGCAUUGGGACAUACAAUAAUCUCAAAGGAGGUCUACGAUGGAAUCACAGGAGACUGUGAUCUCACUAAAGAGAGACAGACGAAUGAUUGUAUAAUGAAUUUGGCCAGGUUCUUAAAGGCUUAUUCAGAUAUUGACAUGUUCAACAUUUACUCGCCGAUUUGUUUCAGAGAUAAUAACAAAACAGUCCCAAAAAAACCCAUUGUAACUCGUCAUGAUCUCACCCAAGAUGUUCAUUGGAACAUAUUGCCAUUAUCAGGAUACGAUUUUUGUCCUGAUGAUCACGUGAUAGAAUAUUUUAAUAGGAAGGAUGUUCAGAGGGCCAUCCAUGCUAAUGUUACAAAUUUAUCUUAUCCAUAUACCCUCUGCAGCACUGUAAUUGAGAAAUGGAACGACUCACCAACCACGAUGCUGCCACUGAUUAAGAAACUUUUAGGGAUUGGUUUACGUAUUUGGAUGUACAGUGGAGACACUGAUGGCAGAGUUCCAGUACUGUCGACCAGAUACAGUCUUGAGGAGAUGAAGUUGAAUGUAACGGAAGGAUGGAGAGCAUGGUUUUCCGGUGGACAAGUGGGAGGAUGGGUGGAGGAGUACGACGGUGGUCUUACUUUUGCCUCCAUUAGAGGUGCUGGCCACCAAGCUCCGGCGCAUAAACCACAACAAGCGCUCUUUCUUUUCUCUCAUUUCCUCUCUUCUCGACCUCUUCCAUCUUCUCGUUUUUAACUCAUUUGGAGUGUGCUGACAUAUCAAAAACAAUGUAUUAUCUUUCAUGUUUUUCUCAUCGUACUCCUAGUGUUUUUCUUAUCCUCUAUCAUGAAUGAAAAUAUCUUUUUCGUGAAAA